AAAGUAAAAAAAAGAAAAAACUUUUCUAGAUCUAGAUCUGUGGCUACACUUUCCUUCUCAUCCUCCUCUCUCUGACUCUCUCUCUCUCUCGCUACAGCUCUCUGCUCUUAUCGAUCUUCUCUUCCAUGGCCACCCCGACCUCUACCACCUCUCUUAUUUCCUCUAUUAAUCACUCUAUAACGAUAUGGUGGUGGUGGAAUCACUGGGAUGGCUGACGGAGUCGACCAUAAUGCCAAGAAGCACCGCGCGACGGCGUCGGAGCCUCUUCGAUCAUGGAGCUCAAAGCCUAGCUUUACCAGUCUCAAGAAGAUUCCAAGAAGUACAAAGACCUCGCAGACCCCGACGCCGAGUUCCACCGCGCUAAGUAGAAGAUCACCGCUCACGAUGUCUUCUCUGCCAAGAACUCCGGCAUCGACGCCUGGGCCCACAGGUGAAAUUUGGAUCGUUCUAGGUUAGGGUUUUGAGAUCGUUCUAGAUGGAAGAGAGGAUGACAUUAUGCAACAUGGUUAUUGAAGCUGGGGGUAAAAAUGGUAUCGUCCCUGCUGAUAGCACUACAUACAAGUACCUUGAGGAUAAAACGUCUGUACCCUAUGAACCUGUGUAUAGUGAUGAUACAGCUAGAUUUCUUACAGAGUACAGAUUUGAUAUCUCAAAACUGGAGCCAUUGGUGGCAAAGCCUCAUUCUCCAGAUAACCGUGCUUUAGCAAGAGAGUGCAAAGAUGUGAAAAUUGACAGAGUCUAUAUUGGAUCUUGUACUGGUGGGAAAACAGAGGAUUUUAUGGCUGCUGCUAAAGUUUUUCUUGCUUCAGGAAAAAAGGUCAAAGUGCCCACUUUUCUUGUACCUGCUACACAAAAGGUUUGGAUGGACGUGUACAGUCUUCCAGUGCCAGGAUCAGGUGGCAAGACUUGCUCGCAGAUAUUUGAGGAAGCUGGUUGUGACACACCUGCAAGUCCCACUUGUGGUGCUUGCAUGGGUGGUCCUAGAGACACUUAUGCUCGCUUGAAUGAACCACAGGUAAAUGUAUUUCUUCACCUGCACAUAUUCUGAUGAUCUAAUCAUGUCCAGGCUCUUACGUGCCAAGGCUGCUAGACCUCAGAUAAUAGCAUCUUCACUGGUGUAGGACUGAUUCUCUGAACCUCAUAAUCCCAUUUGCAGAUAAUCUUGUCCUAAUGGAAACAGUAAUUAUUUGAAUUUAAUAAUUCUGAAACUAUAUUCAUCUUGUUUUGAAGAUCCACUGGUACUGAAUCAUUAUUUUCCAUUUCGAAUAUACUGAAACUCAUGCCUCCUUUAUUUUAUUUUUUUUGUUUCU